CUUGGACAAGUGUACUCGUGCACCAACUUUUGAUCCGUUGGUGGUUGUCCGCCUCAAUACGUUUUGUAUCAGCUGUGGUGGCUCCUGGAGUCUACUGGUCAUGUCAGGUACUUCCAGCAACCUGUUAUUUUACUGCUUGGGCGAGGUACCUUGCAUGUGUAUGCGCUGACUGUACUGCCUAUCUCUCUCGAUGGCGGCGACGAUCGCGGGGCCGGAUGGGCUGAAAGGGGUGGAUGCUCAGCCUCUCAUGGCCCUGGAAAAUGGCUGUGAUGGACGUCGCGCCCAGCUAAAUGGGGAAGCAUCCCAAAGGCGCGUGCGAUUACAUCGACGCGCAUGGCGAUGCCUUGCUCCCCCCGCCGCCUUGGCUGCCCAUCCCAGCCAACAUCCUUAUAAUCGUCUCUUCCUCUCUCCUUCCCUUGCUCUUUCUCUCGUCCUGUCGUCCCUUUCGCUCUUGCUCGCUAUAGACUCUCUCUCGUUCCCAGACUGUCAGAAGUAUAGCUCUCGCGCUCAGCCCGUUCACAUGCGAUCGAUACCACUGUUUGCGCUCCACUGUAAAACUUGCAGCGAUUUCAGCGACCCAGAAAGAUACCAGAAUCCCGUGAGCCCAGCUCUGCUCGCCGGCCAGGCAUAGAAAGAAGAAUCAUGUCGCGCUUCAUCCGAAAAGCCGCCACGGCCCUCGAAUCGAAACUCGAAUCGAAACUCGAUCCCAAGCCCACACCUUCAGCUCCAGCCCGACACGAAUCAGACCUGGAGCACCGCACACGAAAGGCGCGCAAUUUCGAGGAGACAGAGGCAAAGCUUCCCAACGUCAGAAACAGCCCCGCCCCAGACGACCGCCCUUCGAUAACCACAAACAUCCUCUCAUUCCUCGGGGCAUGGAACCCUCGCCCCCACCCAAUCACCUCAAACGAUACCGUAUGGUUGUUUGAUAACACCGCAUAUCGAAACCCGACCACAAACAACUGGGAGGCGGAGGUGAUCGCUGCCGUUUUCGACAAGGAGACAGGCGUCAAAGUGAGUCUGGUAGUGGCUGAUAUUGCGGAGAAGCUGGGACUCGGACAUGGCGACGAGGCAGAGGAAAGGAUCAAGGACCGCCUGAUGCCAUUCAUGCAAUCUGUCUUACCAGGGCGUGUGGUGGAUGUGGAUUUUGGGCGUCGCACACAGCUCAAAUUCGGCCCUGGCGGCCGGAACGGCAUCAGCAGCGACAUACGACAGCUCCCGCGACACAAGGAUGGAGAUGUGGUGACUAGUGUUGCCAUGGUUCCCAAAGGUACAAAUGGAAUACUGGAGAUGAAAACCGUGUACGCAGAGCCUGACGGAUGGAGUGUCAUAUCAGAUGUUGAUGAUACUAUCAAAGUCACCCAAACUGGCGACCCGAUCGGUAUUCUCCGAAGCACAUUUGCCGCCGACGCAGCUCCUGUCCCAGGAAUGCCUUUGUUAUAUUCAUAUAUCCAAACCGUCCUAACCAAAUCCGCGCCCUGGUUUUAUCUCUCCGCUUCGCCCUACAACUUAUACGCCUUCCUCCACGAGUUCAUCCAGGAAUUCUACCCUCAAGGCACUCUUAUUCUCCGCGAUGCCAGCUGGAGGAAUCUCGCAGGUCUGCUCACGAGUUUGACGCAGGCUACCCAGGAAUACAAGGUUGAUCGUAUGGAAAAGAUCCACUCAUGGCUGCCGCGCCGCAAGAUGAUUUGCAUCGGCGAUUCCACCCAGUCUGACCCUGAAGCCUACGGCGAAAUAUAUCGCAAAUACCCCGGCUGGGUAAAGCUGAUUCUUAUCCGCCGCGUCGAAAACAUCGCCGAAGUAGGACUUGAAGAGAAGAAUGACGCGUCUCGAUUCGAGAAGGCAUUCAAAGACGUCCCAAAGAGCGUGUGGCAUGUAUACAAAGAUCCAGAGGAGUGCCAUAAGUAUAUCGAUAAUGGUCUCAAGGCCGAGGCCGAGGCCGAGGCCAAGGCUACACAGGCUUGAUUUUAUUAUGGUUACGAUGGAAUGAUUCUCUACGACACGUAAAUUGAAAUGAAACGAGCCACGCUAAUUGCUAUAUUUACAAUUUUCAAUAAUAUCAGUGAAGUUUUACAGUACCC